AUGGCCAAGGACCGCUGCCUGGCAGGGCGGGCGCCGGGGAGUGUGGCAAAGCACCUGGAGGGAGGUGCGGGCAGCGUGCGGGCAGGCAUCGUGGCUUCCCUGUGCACGGCACUGGGAGGGCCUGUUGCAACCAUGGAAGAAUGCCGGUUGAGAGACGAGACAGGACAGCAGAUGGCAGCUGUGGGGGAGAUGUAUUCGUACCUGCAUCGCACACAUGUGCGCGGUGGGCGGGUGAUCUCGGCGCAGCACAUGCGGCGGUUUGUGCAGACGGUGGUGGUGGCGCUGCGGUCGGUGACGGGGCUGGAUGAGGCGUCGUGUGCGCGCGUCACCACACUGCUGCAUGGGUUUGAUGAUGCCAUUGUCACAUCCGAUGCCGUCGGGUGCUCACAAGGUGGAGCGUGGCUGCAGUGGCGCGUAGGUGUGAAACACAACACGACCAUCCAUGUGGGUGACAAGGUCACAUGGGUGUGGGAUGACGACCUCCCGCACUCGCUCAGAGUGGCGGGGAUGGGCGAGGUGCAAGACCCGCUGUUCCUGGGCUUUGGAGGGCACCGCCUGGCCGUGUCACGGCAGCUCGCAUGCACGCCCAUGAACGUGGGCGCGGGGGAUGUUGCUGACUACCCGCUGCCAUGUGUCCUGAUGCGGAGUGGUGUGGGCAUGUCUAAUUCUAGAAAUGUUCUCACGGUGCUUCCUGCGACAGCGGGAGACGGCGCUGCUGGUGAGCGUUCGUUUGAAUCCUCAGAAAUCUAUGCUACUCUUGAGCAGGUCAUCUGUCUUCGCACUCUCUCACACCAGCCGCCUGUGCCCGCGCGUGCGGUGUUGGCUGUUCUGUUACAAGACAGCGUUGGCAAUGCAGGUCAGGCCAAGGCCACCGAAGCCACCGUCACAACUGGCACCAUGCUCUUCCCCACAUUCAACCCCACCCCAGACCCCACCUCCAGCCCCACUCCCCCCACCACCACCUCAACUUCCUCCUCCUCCGCCUCCUCCUCCACCUCCUCCUCCGCCUCGCCUGUCUAUUUCUGUGCGCCGGGGUGCCGGCUGCAGCGGCUGGCGAACGGGGUGUGCGAUGCGGCAUGCAACACGCGCGCGUGCACCUUUGACGGUGGCGACUGCGCGUGUGUCGACCCGAUCUUUGGCCCCGGCAUCUGCCCCUGCCCGCCCGCCCACACCCGCCGAGACGAUGGCUCUUGCUGCCUAUCCACAGCGGUGGGGACCAACCUCAACUUUCCCUUCUCGCUGCAGCGCUACGGCCCCAACUACACUGAAACCAACCACGCAUUUGCUGCUGAGAGAGAUACCGCUGUCGACCGCUUUGUAUCGCAUCGCAACCGGCUACUGAUAGGCAUGGUAUUGCAACAGGACAGGUGGGGCACGGAGGUCUGCACUGGACAAGGUGUGAUGCACCUGGGAGGAUGGUGCAGCAGCGGCCCAUCCAGGCAACCCUUUGGCGUCAACCCGCACUUCCUGCCCACCUCGCCGAUCUACGACAGCGCUGCGAGUGCCAACAUGAGCCAGCUCGACAACAGCACCUUUGGCUCCAAGCUACUAUUCAACCCACAGGGCCUUCCCUACGGGUUCAUCUACCCUGUUUCAGGGAGCAGCACCAUGGAGCUAGCCAACGGUGGCACCGCAGGAAAGGGGCGUGGCACCGCAGGAAAGGCGUGUGGCACCGCAGGAAAGGUGUGUGGCACCGCAGGAAAGGCGUGUGCCACCGCUGGAAAGGCGUGUGGCACCGCAGGAAAGGCGCGUGGCACCGCAGGAAAGGCGUGUGCCACCGCAGGAAAGGCGUGUGGCUCCGCAGGAAAGGCGUGUGGCGCCGCAGGAAAGGCGUGUGGCGCCGCAGGAAAGGCGUGUGGCACCGCAGGAAAGGCGUGUGGCGCCGCAGGAAAGGCGACGCGCUUCCGCGCUUCCCCCCCUUCAUUGUCCGUGUUUGACAUCAACCUGGACAAUGAAGGAGCCACGGGGUGUCUUUUGAGCCAGCUAAAGAAUACACGCCCGGCCCUGUGUGACGCGCUGCCGCGCUUCCCGCUGGUGUUUGACAUCAACUUGGACAAUGAAGGAGCCACGCGUCGCCUGCACUACCUGGUGGAGGGCGGCUACAUUGACAACAGCACGCGCAGCAUCGACGUCACCUUCAUCACUUUCAAUGGCGAGGCGCGCACGUUCGUGCUCACCACAGUGACAUGCAGCGUGAACACGGGCGGGCAGAUAGGCGUAACCAUCAGAUCCCAGCCAGCAUUGAUGCACAUGUACGGCAGCGACUCAUCCCCCGUCAACACCGCGCGCCUUGUGCUGGAGAUAUUCUACGUGUUAGGGCUGCUGUGGAACGUGUAUGGGGAGGCGCGUGAGAUGAUGGAUCAUGUGCGCAUGGAGGGCACGGUGCUGGGGUACUUUGGGCUCGUGUGGAACUGGGUGGAUCUCCUCUCGCUCGCACUGCAGUUCACCACCAUUGCCAUCUGGAUGGUGCUUUGGCGAGCAGUAGAGGCCUUCGACAUGCAGCCGCGCUACAACAUCUACUACUCACUGCUCGAGAUGCCGCGCUACUGGGCCGUGCCCAACCCGCCCACGGGGUUCAUGCUGGCGGGGCAGGCCUUUCUCGACCUGCGGUACAUCAUCAACCUGCGCGCCGUGUACUUCGCCCUGCAAGGCAUCAAGCGCCUCAAGGAGCGCCCACUGGGUUCCUUCCUGCUGGUGGGACAUGCGUUUCUAGACCUGCGCUACAUCAUCAACCUAUGUGCCGUGCCGUGUACUUUGCCCUGCAAGGCAUCAAGUGAGGCUCGGGCAUGCUGCGCGCUGGCCCUGUUCCUGUUCCUGAUGAUGGUGCGUCUGCUCAAGUUCAUGGACUUCCAGCCGUACCUGGGGGUCAUCACGCGCUCGCUCGCCCUCGCCACGCCCUCGCUGCUGCACUUCUUCCUGCUCUCCUUCGCUGUCUUCUUCUGCUUCAGCAUGUACGCCUACCUCGUCUUCGGAGGCGCUCUUGAACAGGUGCGUGGGUGUGAUGAGGAGCAGGUGUGUAGAGGCGUGCUGUUCCUAUGCCUGCUAAUUCUCGGUUUUGUUCUCGCCUCUCGUUUCUCUCCCACAUUCAUUUGUUUCAUUUCCUCACACCCCCACACCACUGCCCCCCUCAACCCCCCUUUCCCCCCGCCCUUCCCUCCUCCCCUUCCCUCCUCCCCUUUCGUCUUCCCCCUUCCCUCCUCCCCUUCCCUCCUCCCCUUCCCUCCCCCCCCUUCUCCCCACCAGUUCUCCACGGUCCUCACCUCCAUGUUCUCCUGCUUCCUCCUACUCCUCAAUGACAACUCCUCCGCCUACUUCUUCCAGCGCCUCGAGUCGUGGGACCUGAUCGCAGCGAUGCUAUUCUUCCUCAUGUUCAUCGUGCUCAUGGUCUUCAUCCUCCUCAACUUCCUCAUCGCCAUCAUAGUCGAUGCCUUCAUGAGUGUCAAGGACAGCAACGUCGUUGCCACGUCGAUCACCUCUGACCUUGUGCACAUUUGCAAGUACAAGUGGAACUGCUGGUGCGGGCGCUACAUGCCGUACUCGCGCCUGCUGCAGCAUCUGGUGAACCUGGGAGCUAAGGACACGCGUGUGGAUGAGGCGGACCGUCGGAUGCGUCGCUACAAGUCGAUCCAACGGCGGGUAGGGUCUGUGUUCUCGAGCCGGAUUGGCAGCGGCAACAGAGCCUCGUCAUCGUACUUCACGCGUGCAGGAGACUCGCAACCAGCCUUUCCCGUGGCGGCGGUGCCUCGGGUGCGGAAGCAGCACGUGCUGAAGGUGAAGGACAAGCGCAUUGAUGAAAUCUCCCUCUCCAUCAUUUUGCAACGACGCCUCGACCGCCAGCGAUCGCGCGGGCACCAGUCAGCCACUGUCAAGCCAUCAGACACCUUGUGCAGUGCCGUGACAUGUUCGUCCGUGGGCGCGGGCGCACACGACACGGGAAUGGAUGAGCUGUCGCAGGCACUCGUGCUGCAGUGCGGCGAGGUGGUGAAGCAGUCGGCGCUGCCCGUCAAGAAGCCCGUGCAGAAGCUCAGCCUCGCGCACAUCCAGGAGGAGGUGGUGCGGAGCCAGCAGGCGGUGGAGGAGGUGAGGGGCAUGGUGAUGGAGCUGCAGAGCGAGGUGCGCGGCAUGAUGGCCAGCGUGCGCAGCGACAUGCGCUCCAUCAUGGCCCUCCUUGUCUCAAACCACACUGCUGCUGCCGCCGCCGCCGCUGCUCCUGCCGGUGGUGGUGGUCCCCCUCCUCCUUCUCCUCCAUCUCCUCCUCCUCCUCUGCCUCCUGCUGCUGUUGCUGCUGUUUCUGCUGCCGCUGCUGCUGCUGUGCCUGCUGCCAGUGCUACUGGUGUAUCAGUAUCAAUGAAUAGACUGAGCGGCGAGAGCAGGGUCGAAGGGGGCGAUGCUACUUUAGGAGAUGCGGCGUCAAUGGGGAAUUUGCAGCAGGCAGUAGGUAGUUCUGGUAGUACAAGAAUAAGUGGGAGCUUGUCUGGCAAGCGAGGGUCAGAUAGACGGGUCUCGUUCCUCGACGACACAAUAGAUGACGAUGAGAGUCCUUCGAAUAGAACAGGACCACAGCAACAGUCGUUGAUAGAUAAGGCUUAA